AUCUUUGCGGGAACUUGGAUUGCUGUGUACCUUGGCGAGGUCAUCCCCGAGGGUGAGACUGAAAAGAGCCGCCAGAAAUCCAUGUACAGCUUCACCGUGCCGGCCAUCGGAAACGGCGACACGCAGCGCGGCGGCGCUCCUGGAUUCGAGAUUGACGGACGGUACUACGGCGGCAUGGCGCGCUUCUUCAACCACGACUGCAUGCCCAACAUGCGCGCCUCGCCCGAGCAGGUCGGCAAGAUGCGUUUUAUCGCAUUCCAAGCUGCGCGCGACAUCCACGCCGGCGAGGAGCUCACCUUACACUACGGCAUAGAGUUCUUUCACGACCACGGGCUGAAGUGCUACUGC